CGGAUUAGUCAAUGGACUCCAAAUACGCGCCACGCGGUAUUCAAUAACAUGUAAGAGCUGUUGAGCUUACGUGCAUACAUAUUAUACAGAAAAGUAAUAAUCUAUACAGAAUUUUGGAGUAAUGGCUGCAACGGUAGACCGUGUGUCAAGUCUUGAACCAUCUGAGGAUGAGAUAGAAGCAGAAGAAUUAGAGGAAACACUGAGAAAAAGAAAAACGUCAGAACCUGAACUUGGAGAGGUUAAAUACAACAAGAAGUUUACCACUCCUCUGAGAAAGAAACGCAGAAAUCAUUACGACCCGGUAGAAGAAGCCAGACUCGAAAGGCUCGUAUUCGGUGACCAUAUCGACGUCAUUAGCAACCUUCUACGAGAUGAGCACAAUGAUUCUAAAUCACAGACACCUUUGUCCAAGGUUUCGACCCCUAAUGAUGAGGUGGACGAUUCUGAUGACAAUGAAGACAAUGAUGAAAAAACCGAUGACUCUGAUUUAGAUAGAUCGGGUUCAGAAGAUACAGAGCAAGAUACAGAUGCUGAUUCGGGAGUCGAAGAUGAAGAAUUGAAGACUGAAAAACAAGUGGCAUGGGUAGAUGAUGACGAAGAAGAAAACCUUUCCGUUGAAGAAACCUUGCGUCUGCAAGGGCGAAGACUGGCUGUGCAGCGGCCUGAAAAACACUACAAAGAACUGCUACGAAACAAGUACCAACAACUUGUUGGCACUCCUAAGUGGGCUGAAAUUAGUGCAAAAAAGGAAACUGGCUCCGAAGAGGAUUCAGACGACGAAAUAUUGCGGCACAGCAGUCAUUUGAUAACACCAAAACCUAAGAAUUUAGCACAAGGAACAAUCGAGUUGAAAGCUCUAAAAAAUAUAAACCAAGAAACUCGAUCCGAGGGGCCUGUAAUAACAAGUCUUCAAUUCCAUCCAACCUCUACAGUGGCAUUAGUCGCUGGAUUAUCUGGGAUAUUGUCGAUAUUUCAAAUUGAUGGUAAACAGAAUACAAAACUGCAUAGUAUGCAGUACCGAAGAUUUCCAAUAAAUACGGCCAGGUUCACAAAAGAGGGAUCAGAAAUAGUGGUAGGCUCACAACGCCAUGCUCAUUGUCACACCUAUGAUUUAUUGGCUGGAAAAACGUACAGAGUACCACUACCACAUGGCAUCACUAAUAUGAAGAACUUCGAAGUAUCUCCCGAUGAGAAAUUCAUCGCCGUAUGUGGAAGAAUGGGUAAUAUAUACAUCCUGACUACCAAAACCAAAGAACUUGUGAGCACUUUGAAGAUGAAUGACCAGUGUAAUACUUUGGCAUUCUCUCCUGACAGUAGGAAACUUUUCACACAUGGUGAGGGAGGCGAAAUUUACGUAUGGGACAUGAACGAGCGUACCUGUAUGCACCGAGCUAUAGAUGAUGGUUGCUUGUCGGGGUCAAGAAUUGCGGUUUCACCUAGCGGGCAAUAUUUAGCCACUGGAAGUAAACAGGGAGUAGUUAAUGUCUACGACACUAGCACAGUCUUAGACAGCACUAAUCCCUCCCCAUUGAAAAUAGUCCUGAACCUUGUUACUUCUAUAACAAGUUUGAAAUUUAAUUCUGCGUCAGAGAUUCUUUCAAUGGCGUCAGAUGAGACGGAAAAUGCAUUUAAAAUGAUGCAUCUACCAUCAGCUACGAUAUUCUCAAAUUUUCCAACAUUUCGAACAAAGUUUUUUAAGCCCAUAGCUGUAGAUUUUUCUCCCGGCAGCGGGUAUUUGGGAAUUUCAAAUAAUAAAGGCAAUGCUUAUUUGUAUCGGUUGAAACACUAUGGAAACUAUUAGUUACUAAAAUUACGAGUUGAUAUCGUUUAUUAGUUAUUCAUAAUUAUUGUACAAAAUAAAGCAUCUUAUGAUGACUAAACGACGUAAUCCGAGUUAUGCAUAUAAUUUCACGAUGAUUUAUGAGUAUAAUAUGUAGCCAUAAAAAGCUGCGUAAACUCUUUGAUGACACCUUUGAUGUAGACGUACCGAUAUUAAAGUUUUAUCACUCUUUGUUUUAUAUCCAGUUACAUAAAUGGUUUGACCUUUCCAUGGAAAAUGAAUGUGGGGCUCCAAUAGUGCAAAAUAUUCGACCUAAUACUUACAGAACUUGCGUUCGAUACCCCUUAACUAGCAAAGUACAUUAGAUGGAAAAUGCAUUAAAACCCAUGGGCUAUGAUAUAUUCAAAUUUUCCAACAUUUCGAACAAAAUUUUUCAUGCCUAUAGCUCUAGAUUUCUGCCAGCAGCAGGUACUAGGAAAUUUUAAAUAACAAAAGCAGCGCUUUAUUCACCGGUUAAAACGUGUAAGUCUGUGGUUGAAACACUAUGGUAACUAUUAGUUACUAUGUACCGAUAGUAACAUUCAUCGACAUUACUAUAUGUCGAUGGUAACACUGCACAUUUAAUCAACUAUGAUGAUUCGUUUCCAUAAUCAACCUCUGCGAGUAUACAACUAUUAGAACCAACUAGUGUAUUCCAGGAGGGCAGUAUUCUCCAUAAUUCUCCAUAAAUAACAAUACCUACAACUUGCGAAUAAAGUUAGAAAGUGGUGAAAAAUUUCAACGCAUAUUAUAAUCCCUAUACCGAUUAAAA